CGGCAACAAACAAUCUUUUUCCCGACCCACUCUCCUCCCCUCCCUCCUAUUUAAAUCUCCCUCCUUCCCUUUAUCCUUCUCGAAACCCUUUGGAUCUCUCUAGGGUUUCUCGCCCCCCUUCUCGUCCCCUCCUUUCGCUAGGGUUUGAGGUGCUCGGCCCAAGAGUUGUCCAUCCGCCGGCGCUAGGAGCUGGGGUUCUUCUUUUCGAUCAGAGGUCUGAGCUCGAUUCUGCUGAUCAGCUGGUAGAUUUACGUUGCAACGAUGGAUCUGAAGGAAAAUAAUAAGUUUCUGGGUGCUGGGCUUCUAUUGCUGGCGACGAUUGUCUUUGUGAAGCUUGUUUGUCAAGCUCUGGCGCCCAGGUCCAAGAAACGGCUGCCGCCAACCGUGAAGGCGCUGGCAGUCAUCGGAGGGCUUCUCCGGUUCAUGAAAGGCCCGAUUGUGAUGAUCCGAGAGGAGUACAAGAAGCUCGGGAGUGUCUUCACCGUGAAUGUUCUGAAUAGGCGCAUCACCUUCUUCAUUGGCCCUGAGGUCUCGGCACAUUUCUUCAAGGCGCCCGAGGUGGAGCUCAGCCAGCAGGAGGUUUACCAGUUCAAUGUGCCUACUUUCGGGCCAGGGGUUGUCUUUGAUGUGGAUUACUCGAUCAGGCAGGAGCAGUUCCGGUUUUUCACCGAGGCGCUGAGGGUGACCAAAUUGAGGAGUUAUGUGGAUCAGAUGGUGGUGGAGGCCGAGGAUUACUUCUCAAAGUGGGGAGAAAGUGGCACGGUGGAUUUAAAAUAUGAGCUAGAGCAUCUCAUCAUUUUGACAGCAAGCCGAUGCCUGUUGGGGAGGGAGGUCAGGGACAAGCUCUUUGAUGAUGUAUCUGCUCUCUUCCACGACCUUGACAAUGGCAUGCGCCCCAUCAGCGUAAUCUUCCCCUACCUUCCCAUCCCUGCUCACCGUCGCCGUGAUCAUGCUCGUGCUAGGAUUGCUGAAAUCUUUUCCACCAUCAUAAACUCCCGCAAGAGAUCUGGCCACUGUGAGGAUGAUAUGUUGCAGUGCUUCAUUGACUCAAAAUACAAGGAUGGCCGCCGGACCACUGAGGGUGAGAUCACUGGGUUACUCAUUGCUGCCCUCUUUGCUGGUCAGCACACCAGUUCCAUCACCUCUACCUGGACUGGAGCUUACCUCCUCCGCCACAAGGAAUACCUUUCAGCAGCUUUGGAAGAGCAGAAGGAUAUUUUGGGCAGACAUGGGGAUACGAUCGACCAUGAUAUCCUAUCAGAGAUGGAUGUGCUCUACCGCUGCAUCAAGGAAGCUUUGAGGCUUCAUCCUCCAUUAAUAAUGCUGCUCCGCUACUCUCACAGCGACUUCACCGUGAAGACAAAGGAGGGGAAAGAGUAUGAUAUUCCAAAGGGCCACAUUGUGGCUACUUCCCCAGCAUUCGCCAACCGGCUACCCCACAUCUACAAGGACCCAGACAGCUAUGAUCCUGAUAGAUUUGCUCCUGGAAGGGAGGAAGACAAGGCUGCCGGGGCAUUCUCGUACAUUUCUUUUGGUGGUGGUAGGCAUGGGUGCCUUGGGGAGCCCUUUGCCUACUUGCAGAUAAAGGCGAUAUGGAGCCAUUUGUUGAGGAACUUUGAGUUUGAGUUGAUUUCUCCUUUCCCCGAGAACGACUGGAACGCUAUGGUGGUAGGGGUCAAGGGGGAGGUGAUGGUGCGUUACAAGCGGAGGAAGCUCUGUUGACCACUGACCGUCAACGGAGCUGACCAGGUGUUUGAUUAUCAGUAAUCAUGGCUCGCUGCUUCUCUUCAACGAGCCCAUGCGACUUCAUGCUUCAUCUUCUUUUUCUUUUUCUUUUUUUGCUGGGGGCUAGCGUCUAGCUUUUAGAAGAUGAUUGAUGGGGACAUCAGUUAGAUCACCAUUUUAUUUGCAUGUUUAUUUUAUUAUUUUAUUCUGGGCUUAUUUGUAUUUUAGGGCUUAUUUGUGGUUUAUUUUAUUUCUGGACUUAUUUACAUUUUAGGGUUUAUUUGUGGUUUAUUUAUGUUAUUUGUGGGUUUAUUAGGAUUUAUUUCUGUGUAAGAGGGUUUAUGCAAAUUGUGUAUUUGGGCCCUAUAUAUAGAGAACUAUUUUCAUGAUGAGGUUUUUAAUGAAGGUUAAACAAUUUCUUCUC